CCCUCCCAUUCUGCAUAUGGCCUUCUCUUUUGUCAUAGGUAUAAAGUAAUCAAAUCAUGGCAAACUCUCGAGUCCUUAAGUAUUUGGUAUGCUUGGUGCUAGUGAGCCUUGUGGCGGGUGCACCCAAGGCCUCCAGAGCAGAAAUAACAUGUGGACAGGUGGUGAGGAGCCUGUCCCCAUGCGUAAGCUACGUUCUUGGAGGAGGGAACGUUCCUGGACAGUGCUGCACUGGGAUGAAGACCCUUUACAGCGCUGCACAGACAACACCUGACCGCCAGGCCGUAUGCAAGUGCUUGAAAUCAGCAAUCAGCAGCAGUGGAGUUCCUUACACAGGCUACAACCUUGGCCUGGCCGCCGGACUCCCUGCCAAAUGCCACGUCAACCUUCCUUACAAGAUCGACCCCAACACCAACUGUGACAUCGUUAAGUGAGGAUAUAUAAAUAGAUCCAUCUUGAAGAAUCUACUAUAUGUAGUCGGAGAAUAAGCGAGGCUUUCGCACAGUAUCUUGAGGAAGUCUCUGAUCGAUCCUGCUGUUUGUACUUUGUAGUGCCGUUCAGGCAUUGGUAGCUACUAAUCUAGUAUUUUGCUGUAAGACAGAUAGGUAGGAUGAGUAUUUUUUGUAUUGUAUGCAUAUCUUCCUACAUCAUUACCUAUCAAAUCAUUAUGGCUUGGUCCAA